GGUUCAUUGGAGACUCUUAAUUGACCGUAGGUGUGAAUGUGAGAGUGAAUGGUUGUCCGUCUCUGUAUGUGGCCCUGUGAUAGGCUGGCGACCUGUCCAGGGUGAGCUGGGAUUGGCUCCAGCCCGUCACCUGCCCGCCUGUCGCGCUGCUCCUCCGCUGUAACUCUUUCCUGUCCAGUGAAGGAAACAGGACAGCUAUAAAUAACUCGGGCGGCUCCACAGGUUGGACCGUCGGAGGCUGAGAGGCUGCGGGCUUCAGAGUGAGGCGGGGCCGCGGGGCUGGAUGCUCACAGACCAACGCCGCGGACCCCCCCCCCCCCCCUCCAUUGAUCAGCACUGUGAAGAAGGCGGAUCCUGUGACGUAGUCGCCAAGCUGCUCGACUGCGUCAGAGUCCAGCCGAGCGAGGGAAGGCGGAAAGAAGGAUUCAAAAAAAAAAAAGGAAAAGGACGGAGGGUGUGAGAGGCCGGGGCGAGCGCACCGAGAGCGCGUCAGAGACCAACCCGUGUGGUGCAGACCGUGGGCGGACGGAUCGACGGGCAGACAUGGAGGGCUCCACGGGGGAAGAAUACAAAGAGAAAUUAUUAUGGAACGUCAAGCGAGAGGUGAAGCAGAUUAUGGAGGAAGCAGUGACUAAGAAAUUUGUCCACGAAGACAGUAGCCAUGUCAUCGCUCUGUGCACUGCGAUCGAGGCCUGUCUGGGUCACCUGCUGAAGAGACGGGCAGCUGGGUUUCUCCGCAGUGACAAGAUUGCCGCCCUCUUCACCAAAAUUGGAAAAGUCUACGACACUGCCGGCGAGGUUUGCCGUAAAGUGCAAGAACAACUCCAGCAGCAGGCUGAUCUCACCAGGAGAACCCAGAGCAUGGGACAUGAGCCUCUGAGGAGACAAGGCUCCUCCACCACCAGCCGCCCGCCUCAGCCCCUCUCUGCUCAGGCCAUCAAACACAUCUGGGUCCGGACAGCGCUCUUUGAGAAAGUUCUGGACAAGAUAGUGCAGUACAUUGUGGACAACUCCAGUAAAUACUAUGAGAGAGAAGCUCUGAUGCAUGACUCUGUCUUUGGGCCCAUCUUGGCAGCCCUGCUGGUGGGGCCAUGUGCUCUGGAGUACACCAAGCUGAAGACGUCGGAUCAUUUAUGGACUGACCCCUCAGCCAAUGAGCUAGUUCAGCGUCACCGUAUCCACGGGGCUCACCGGAGUCAGGACACCAUUGCUGGCCGCCGGCCUGCUCUUGGGAUCCGCAAGAGGCAGUCCAGUGGCAGCAUGUCAGAAGACAGGUUCGCUGCAUCAGCGAGGGAGUACGUGGAGUCCCUUCACCAAAACUCCAGAACACAUCUUCUCUACGGCAAAAACAAUGUCCUGGUGCAACCGAAGAAGGACAUGGAGGUGUUGCAAGGCUACUUGUCGCUCCACCAGGCCGGGGACAACCUCACCCUGAAGUGGACCCCCAACCAGCUCAUCAAUGGCACAUUGGGAGAAUGUGACCUGGAAAAAAGUAUCUAUUGGGACUAUGCACUGACAGUUCCUCUGCGCCAGAUAGUCUGUAUCCACUGCCAUCAUCGCUCGGAUUGUGGUGGUACGUUGGUUUUGGUAAGUCAGGAUGGGAUCCAGCGGCCGCCCCUCCACUUCCCCCCCGGUGGUCACCUACUGGCCUUCCUUUCCUGCCUGGAAACAGGCCUCUUACCACGGGGUCAGCUGGAGCCCCCCCUCUGGUCUCAGAAAGGCAAGGGAAAGGUGUUCCCUAAACUGAGGAAGAGGAGCAGUGCUGCGCGGCUCAUUGACCAGGACAGCAAUGGUGAGGAACAGACAGCUGCUGACUAUGUGUUUCGCAUUGUCUACCCAGGAUACCACUACGACGCCACAGUCACUAUAAAUUACCAUCACACCACGGGCAGCCGCGCUCCGUCGCUGGACGAUGACGAAGAAGAGGAAGAUAGGCUCCAUGCUAUGAUCUCAAUGAUCUGCUCGCGGAACCUCACAGACCCUAAUGUCAUGAAAGACCAUGGGGAAAUGAUGGAGAUGCAGGGUUUUGGAGGAAGCCCGUCGUCAUGGCAACAUGCUGAAGUAACCACGUACGAAUCCCUGUGCCAGUCCUGCUCCACAGCUGGUAGCAAUGUGUCUUUCGACUACCCGGCCAGCUGUACCUGCAUACACAACCCAUCAGACAUUCACACUAUUCCUCUGAAGAUGCUCUGCCAGAACAUGAAGAGGCAGAUAGUCUCCAGAGCCUUUUAUGGAUGGCUGGCCUACUGCCGACACCUGUCCACUGUGCGGACUCACCUGUCAGCUCUGGUCAACCACAACAUUGUUCCUCCAGACAGACCUUGUGAGGCAUCCGGGGGCCUCAGCAAAGAGGUGUGGAGCAAGUACCAGAAAGACUGCAAGAACUAUAAGGAGCUGGAGCUUCUGAGGCUGGUUUAUUACGGCGGAGUGCAGCAUGACAUCAGGAAGGAGGUUUGGCCUUUCCUGCUUGGACAUUACAAAUUUGGCAUUGGCAAAAAGGACAUGGGCCAGAUUGAUGCAAAGAUCAGUGAGCGCUACCAGAAGGUGAUGCGGGAGUGGAAGGCCUGUGAGGUGAUCGUCAAGCAGAGGGAGAAAGAGAUGCAGUCGGCCAUCUUUGCCAAGCUCUCUUCAGGCAGCAGCAUCGACAGUCACGUCCUGCGACUGGUUCACAGAGACUCCACACUCAGCAAUGAGGUGUUUAUGUCGGUGGAUGAGCCAGACACAGGCAGCCAGGAGACCCCCAGUGCCGAGGACAGCACUCCCACCAUGACCACCUUGGUCCCUACCGCCGCCCUCCCCCCAGAGGAGCGUCCUCUGGUGGAAUUUGACUCCCCCGACUCAGGUCUCCCCUCCUCCAGAAACUACUCAGUGACAUCUGCUCAUUCCCAGAUCCUGUUGAGCAUAGACGACGGCCAGAGCACGGAGGAGGAAGGGGGGGUCGGGGAGGAGGGCAGGACUCUAGGUGUGCUGGGGGGGCGUCAGGACUCUCUGACCGAGGACAGGCUGUGUAGCCAGCUGGACAAACUGAUGAACGAUGGAACGUCUGCUGAGGGGAUUUCACCAUCGCUGUCCUCAUACACAAUCGAGCUGUUGGACAUAGUUGCCCUGAACCUUCACAGGAUAGACAAAGAUGUGCAACGCUGCGACCGAAACUACUAUUACUUCACUGCAGCCAACUUGGAGAAACUACGCAACAUCAUGUGCAGUUAUGUGUGGGAGCAUUUAGAGGUGGGCUACGUUCAGGGCAUGUGUGACCUGCUCGCUCCACUCAUGGUCAUCCUGGACGAUGAGUGCCUGGCGUACAGCUGUUUCACUCAGCUAAUGAAGAGGAUGAGUCAGAACUUCCCUAAUGGUGGAGCCAUGGACACACACUUUGCCAACAUGAGGUCACUGAUCCAGAUCCUGGAUUCGGAGCUGUUUGAACUGAUGCAGCAGAAUGGAGAUUACACUCACUUCUACUUCUGUUACCGUUGGUUCCUGCUGGACUUCAAGAGAGAGCUCCUGUACGAGGAUGUGUUUGCGGUGUGGGAGGUGAUCUGGGUGGCUCCCAGGAUUUCCUCGCGGCACUUUGUCCUCUUCCUGGCCUUGGCCCUGGUCACAGUUUAUCGCGAAAUCAUCAUGGACAACAACAUGGACUUCACCGACAUUAUCAAGUUCUUCAAUGAGAUGGCCGAGCGUCAUGAUGUCCAACACAUCUUGAAGAUUGCACGUGAGCUGGUGCACAGAGUUCAGUCUCUGAUGGACAACAAGUGACCGAAGAGCAAGUGGAGAAGGAGGAGGAGGAAUGGGAGGAUGCAGAAGGAGAGUACGUAUAAUCCCACAGGACACUCAGCUCUUCCUCUCCGAGUGUUUCCAGACCUCCAUCUCUCCAGAGAAGGUGCAAAGAGGUCUUCUCCCUGGCCAGAGGAGGGUCCCGAGAGUGAAAUGGACGGGCUCUGGAGCUUGGCCUGGAACUGUUUACAUUUACCUUCACAUGGAAUGCUCAUGGUUUCAGUUCAGACAUGUGGAUUUGUCUGCAUGCUUUAAGUUUGAUCACACUGUGAGCGCAUUCUAUUGUGAGUCUCCCCAGUAUUGCAGAGCUUGUUUGAGUGCAUGAAAACACACACACACACACACGCACACACACGCACACACACGCACACACACAAUAUUAACUUCAGUUAGCAGUCUGAUUUCUAGUCUCACCCUUUUCCACAACUCUGAACUAGAAGAUAUUGGAUGAAGCAGUGUCAGUGUUUGACGGACAGAGGUGUUCCUCCAGCAGAGGCCAUUCAAGAGUUCAGGAUUUACACACAACAUCAUCAGUGGAGCAGAGGACUCAGCCACCAAGAAGUUUUCAUCAGUGACCAAAUGGACUGUGCCAACUAACUUUUCAUGGGUGUUUUCUACAACUAGCAUGUGUGUUUUUACCCCCACCCCCCAUCCCUUCUUUUUUUUUUUUGUCCAGGAGUUUAUUAUCACACAAAUGUUGCCUUCAUCAGUAACAGCCCAAGGUCCUUGUUGCACUUUGUGAGGGCUUCCUUCCUGGCGCCUGUGAAGGCCUCAGGCCUCACCACAGGCUGGAGAGGCUGGAGGCACCACAAGAGGCCACAUUGUUGAGAAACUCAGGAUGAUUCGCAGCCAACUUUUCUGAGCAUGUCAGUCAGUCAGAGCAUGUUUAACUCUCGUUCCAAGACAGAAAGAUGAACUAAUGGCAGAGCACAAAGGAUGACAAAAGCACACAGGUUGUUAUUUAAACACAAAACUUCUCUGUUAUUAAAAAAGCUAUGAUUACCCACACACACUUGGGUUUUAAGUCUUAUUCUGGUAUUUGAAUAAAAACAGUAAAGUUGGACUUUUUAUAGCCAAAAUAAAUCUAAAUGAAAUAAAGGGACUUGAGGUUCUACAUCACACGUGCAUCAUGUAAGUGGCAGUGUGGAGUCGGCUUCAAACCAGCAAUCAAAUCAUAAAUUUAUUUAAAGAUUUGAUUUAAAAUCCUUCCUAGAAUAUGUCACCCUGUCUCAGAAUGUCUUGGGCUUCUUGCCAUGAAUGAAGUUUGAUUUGAGAAACAGACUGUGGUUAAUGAUUCACAAAAUGACAUAUGUCAUAAAAAGUGACCAAAAGACAACGCCAGCUAGGUAUGAGUGUUCAUGAAUCGGUUUCACAUUUGAUAUGAGGUUAUUACAGCUUCAGUGACGGGUUAUCCAGGUCAUGCCUGCUGUUUCAGCUUGUCGGUGUGAGGCAUGAUGAUGAUGAUGAUCUUGGACAUGUAGAUGUGACAUUAGGAGAAUCCUCUGACCUGCUGCAGGUUUGCUUAUCUGAUGAACUUCAUCAAGUGCACAAGGGCUCGCCCGCAGACUCUUUGAGCUCUUUAUGCCCACUUUCCUUAAGUCAGCACCGACUUUGGCUGAGGGAAUUACCCACAGUUCAUAGCGUUGUGACACGAAACACAGGGUUACUAGGGGGAAGCCCGGUAACGUAUUUAAAAAGGUAAAAAACAUUAAAUUAAUUAUUUGCAGAUGACCUCUCAUCCACGCUGUAAGGCAAGACCCUGGAACAUGUUCAAAUCCAGUCGGUGCCUCAAGUGCCUUGGCCGUGAACAAAGUAAAAUAAAGAAACCACCAGAGUCAGCCACAUGUUUUUGCGCUGUCAGGUGAUGUGAACAUUUUGCAUGGUGAAGGUGAGCUGCUGUCCCAUUCCUGUUUAUACCAGUUCAGGCCCUUCAGACUCUCCCACUCAGUCACUGACCAGGUGACAUCACUAAGGUCUGUGAGAUGUCAGGGGUCAGAUAUCCCACAUCUACACCAUGUGUUUGGAGGCAUUCUGUUUCCUUCCAUGCGGGUUCUGCCUCUGCGUGAAUGAACGGGGCAGGCAGCUGAUAGUGUUAAGUGAUGACGGAACAUUUCAUCAGUGUUUGAAUAUGUUUUUAAAAGAACGAUAUGAGUUCUGUAGAGGAUAGAACUGUCAAGAUGUGUCAGGCUUUGGAUACAAACACUAUACUUACUACUCGGUUACAUUCAGUGUUGGUUUGGAUGUUUUCAUGGAGAGCACUUACCAAAAGAAAAGUCACCAUUUCUAUUCAUACAUUUAUGUUUUUGGAAUGUUCAGAGUCAAACAUGCACACUGAUCUGAGGGCAGCGUGGAACCUGUCAAGCCUUGCGUUGGGUCCAGCAGUGCUGUCAUGAAAUGUGGCUGCAGUUGUCCAUGUGGAACUUGAUUCUCCUCCUGGGCCAAGUCCAGCGUCUUGAAAUGUGUUGGUCUAACCAACAGAUGCCUGGUUACAGGUGUAGAAACAUACCUGAGACAAACGCAGAUUUUGAUGCCAAACUUUGUUCAGUGUACAGGUUGGUUUUGGCCUCACAAUGACGCCACAGAUUAUUCGUGUUUGUAUCUGAAGGGAAUCUGGGACAUUUUUGAUACCGUUUCCAAUCCCCCUCAUCAGUGUGACCCUUUACCUCCUCACCCUCCUUGCCUCUUUCAAAUGUCCAAAAUGGCUGCAUACCAUUGGUCAUCCAGCACGGACCUGCACCUGUGAUUCAAGUGCCAAGAGUCUUCCCCAAACCUGAAGUGUACUGUAGUCAUUUGGCUGUUUGAUGUGCUAGUUUGAUCCCAGGAAUGGGCGGUGGUGUAGAUGUACCUUGCAACGGACUCUUCCCCUCCAUCACCCUGCCUCCACAGCGACACAGGGGGUCAGAAAGGGAAACCUGGGCCCAUAGCAGUCUUAUCUUCCAAUCAGGACUUUGGGCCUCAUGCAAGGAUGAGCAGAUUUGUUCUUAAAUUAUGCGUAUGAGUGAUAUAGGAGAACUUAACCAAUUUUUUUCUAAUUUGAGAUUUCUUUUAAGUACGAACAGAAUUUAGGAGUUGUCCAGACCUGUCGUAGGAGUCACCUAAAUUAGUUAAUCAAAUCAGGUUUAUCCACAUAUGGAUCGUUUUUUUUCAUCACUUUGAAGCAAUUAUACAUAUAAACAUCUAUUACAAUGUAUUAAAGUUAUAUAAAAAAUAUAUAAAUGUCUCCUCAUUAUGUUGAAAUUAUUCUGUUUAAUCUGUUUAAUCUGUUUUAAAAUCAUAUAUAUAUAUAUAUAUUUCGUUCCUGUUAAACGUUCAGGGGAGCACACAUCUUUGGCAGUUGGCAUGCGAGUGGCGCAGUUUCUGGCUUGAUAUGUCAGUUAUUGAUUGUCAUCAUGGAAACUAUAUUCAGAUAAUUUACCUAAAUUUCAUUCAUAUUAGCUCGUGACAUCUCCAGUCAACCUGCAGAUGAGACAGGAGCAUCAUACAACAAGUGUCACAUGCUCAUUGCCGUGGUAAAGACGCUUUUACACAGUUGGUGGUAAACUGCUCCACACGUCAGAGAAGACACGUCAAAUCAUUUUAGCAUGCUGCAUAUUGUAUAAUAGUGCAAUGAAAAAAGUGCACUGAUCCAGCACCAGCAACACUCUCAUGACACGUAUUGUUUCAUUCAGAACAGUGACACAGACUCACUCUGACCACCCUGCAGUCAUCCAUCACCUCGCUGUGGCGAGUGUUUUUUUAUAAACCAUUUUCAUAUUGAUGCAUUUCCUCUUUAUUUCAGUGACAGUGCGACUCACAGGUGACUCAGUGUUAACAGAUCUGCUUUAGUCCGUCACUUAUCUCCUGCUGACGCUGCUAGGAUAUAGACUUUCAUUUAUGUAACUUCAAUCUCCGAUCUUAAUUUAUAAACUCUUCCUGAUGUGGGGCAGGAAGCGAAACCGUAUAUGGAAUUUUGGGGGCAUUGAUUAUGCUCGCUCAAAUACGCACAGGUGACAUUCAUUCUGUUUACACACGAAAUUUAAACAUUUUUCUGAAGAUCGAAGCGUUUGAUGAAUCCGACGAGGUCUAUUUGUACGAACUCACUUUGCGAACAGAUGUAGGAGAAAUUUAGGAUCAGAAUACGAACAUGUUCUUGCAUGAGGCCCAUUGUGAACCAAAGCCUUGAAACUAGAGCCCGACUGAUACUGGAUUUUUGGGGCGACUUAAAAAUGUCACUGUCUUAUUGUCUCUCUUGACCUGUUCAGGGACUACAAAUAGAAAUUAGCUAACUAGCUAAAUUUGGCAUUAAUUAGUUUGAUUUGAUUUGUUUUUCGGCAAAAAAAAAAUCAUAUUUCUUCAUAUCAGACAAUAUACAAGUGUAAGCUAUAAGCUGAUAUGGGCCAAUGUGGUCAGACAAAAUUGUCUGACUGAUGUAUCGGUCGGACUCUACUUGAAACAGCCCCCUCUGUGGCAUGACAAUAAUGUGCAAUUUCCUAGUGCAUCUUGAAGACUGACUGUUUACUAUGUGUGUAAAAUAUUUUUGAAAACAGUGAUCUUGGAUUCUUUAACUACAGUGUAAUUUCUGUCGUUUGAGGAAACCCAUCAAAGUCUGUAUUGCUGUAAAUACUACCCGAAAACCCAAUAUUUCUAUGAUGACAGUCAGAACAUAUCUUAUUUUGAGAUCUAUUUUUUAUGUUGGUUUUAGCGGCACUAGUCAGAGGUGUAUACUGUGCAGAGCUGCAGAAUGUGUGCAGACCAUGUACACGGUGACUGUUAAGUGUUCUUUCUCAAUGUUGUGCACUGACUUCAAGAUUUCAAAUUUCUAUUUAUGUAGAGAGCCAGUGAUUGCAUUGCUGAACAUGUACUAGUAAGGAUGUAUCAUUUGCCUUGAAUGUAAUGUAUUAUUAAAUACGGGGUUGUUCAGUA